AUGUCCGACCCUUCUCCCUCCCAAGUACAAAUACUACAAGAACGAAUUGCAGCCCUUUCAGACCUCUAUUCACAGCUCCAGUCUAUACGACACAUCCCAGCGUCCUUCCUGAAGAGACCGGCUGCGCUGGCCCCAACCAGAAGUGUAAGGGACGAAUUUCAGAGAGUCAAGGAGGUUGCUGCCCUCGUGCGCUCAGAAGCUGUCCAGACGGCACUGGUAGAGGCGGAGCAAAGCAAGCGCGCAGACCCAAGCAAUAUAGACCCCAAUUAUCGUCGGGAACAUAGGAAGCGCAGGCGUCCUCCUUCUCCAGAGUCUCCUCAGCCAUAUGUGCCAGUCGAGAAAACUCCGACUACGUUCUUCCCACCAGAGGACCUCCAGGGGCCACUUGUUGCCUUCGACGGUCUCGUCCCAUUCGUCCGCGAAUACAACAAGGCCGACAAGCCCUGUCGCCUUCACAUCUGGGAGCGAACCAGAGAGCAGCGCCAGGAACGCCCGCGCAUGCUACGGUUCACCAUUCCAGACGUGCUCACCGCGUACAUCUCCCUCGGCUCACCUGCUGCCACAAACAAUACGGUUAUUGUUCAGACGGUCACUGCGUUUGGACCGAGAGAGCGCAAAGCACCCCAUACGCAGUCCGACUACACCGUGUACCGCCUGUUAUCGCAGGAGAUCGCAAAAAUGAUUCGGUCAGAGGAGCAGGUGCCCCUGAAGGCUAUUUUGAAUCUAUUGGAAGCGUACACCGGCCUCUUCGCGGAGGGUUGCACCGUAUGCAACUGUGUCAUGACCGCUGAAGGCCAUGUUCCGCCCGUUGUUCGCCUCUGCAAGGCCGGCCGGAGAGAAGCAAAGCACGUGACUUGCAUUAACGCAUGA